GAGCCUCACCGGAGCAGUGUUUAUUUACUACCUACGUCUAGCUUUCCUGCCUUUAUAUCUUUGCUCUUUUGCUUCCAUGUCAUCAAUAUCCGUUCAAUCAGCCUCCAAAUUCACGUCGAGUGGUCAGCCAGACUCUGCCCGAGUCGGAGAUGACGAGCUCGACUGGCGGAAGUUGAGAAAUCAGAGUCUCUUGCCCGGUGGUUUUGGUGCAGAUAGAGUUUCAAUAUGGCCCAAACUCCUACAUGUGGAUACUCAAUCUUCCAACUCUCCUCCAGGCGCCGAUAUAUCCGCUAGCCGAGACAGCGACGAUGCUGGAGAAGAUACCACCAGUGUUGUAGUAGAACCUCACGAAGACGAACGUCAGAUUCGUCUCGAUACCGAGCGUAGUUUUGUUCUUUACCCAGUAGACCAUAAGGGCGAUAGAGGACGCCUUCAGAUAUACUUGUAUAACCUGAUCGUAUCAGUUUUUCGGAAAAGACGGAGGCUGCACUAUUUCCAGGGAUAUCACGACAUUAUUACUGUUCUCUUCUUAACUUUACCCCGUGAACUGCAGCUCCCUUGCGCUGAAAAGCUCAGCCUGCAUCGCCUACGCGAUUCCAUGGGGCUUACACUUGAACCCGUCCUGGGUCUCCUUAGAAUACUCAAAAACCUCAUCAGGCUCGCAGAUCCGUCUUUGGCUACUAUUCUCGAGAACACCUCGCCACUACCGUUUUAUGCUCUUCCUAACCUUCUCACACUCUUUUCCCAUGAUACCUCGACCCUUCCACUUAUCCAGCAUAUAUUCGACUAUCUCCUCUGUCGCCCCCCCAUAGCUGUUGUUUAUCUUGCUGCUGCUGUGAUUAUGGCCCGCAAAGAACAAGUUGAGGCUCUUCAGCGGGAAGGAGAAGAUGGAAUGAUUCAUUCGUUACUCAACGGACUACCAGAGCUGUGCGAAGGAAUAGAAGAUGAGAAUAGGAAAAGCAUCUCCACUGGCCCUGAUAUAACGGCAAGAAAUGAGAUUGAUUCCAGUUUAGUGGACAAACCUGAGGCGACAAAAGAGGCGCCCAAAGCAGAAGAAAAAGUCGAGCUCCCGGAAUCUACUCCCAAUCCUCUCAGUGAUGCUUCUACCCCCAAUAGUCUCGUCGACCAAGAAGCUAUAGACGGUGACCAGUCUCGGGCAUCUGGGUCGCCUUCUGCCCAUGAUAUAUUACCUUGGAGCGGACCAGCACACGAAGGCACGCACUCUGCUAUUCUACCUAAGGAUGACAUCGCGAUGGAGCACGCCAAUAAUCUCAAUACCGCUGAAAAUGGAAUAGGAGCAUCCAGUCGAGAGGAAAAACCCAUACACCCGAUUGAAAAGGAAUGUAUCCCAACCCCCGAGGCAGAACAGCCCUCUGAAUCCCACGAGAAUUCCCAAGACAGGAUUUCCGACGAGCUACAUGAUGAGAAACACGCACUACUUGCUUCACCUGCAGCUUCUGAUGCUGACCCGGACGAAUAUUCGCAAUCUCCUAGAAAGAAGCGUCCACCACCUAUUCCCCUUCCGUCCCUCCUGAUUCACGCAAACCAGCUUUUUGCGGACUAUCCCCCCUCACAUCCUCUUCUUGCCAUCCCGGCCAUCAUGGGCCCACGCAGCGUAGUCCACACAUGGAGUGAAGGUCACACAGUCGAGAAGGAUGACGAUGAAGCUGAAGGCUGGGUAGGAGGUGAAGGCAUCGUUCUUCCUUAUGUUGAAGAAGAAGAUGAAGAGGACGAGGUUAGCGAGCUAGACAGCAGUGGCAUAUCGUCGAAAUCCAGAUCCUCCAAAUCCAAAUUUUCCAAAGACACGAAGGAGAAGAGGAGUAGACGCGUACUGAAGAAGCGCCGCCGAUUUGUGAUCGCAGGGGUAGAGAAACGAACGAUGGUGGCGGGUGCUGUACUUGUGCUGGGAGUUGCUAUGGCUGUUUAUGGGAUUCGUAUGGGAGGUGUUCGCCAUGGAAAUGGGCAUGUUGGGAAGGUGGAGUGGAGGCGUGUCAAGGGCUGGUUCAUGAAUGCUGGCGAACGAAUCUUGGAUGGCUUUGGCGGCGGCUUUGGUUUCGGCUUUGGAGUGGUAUAGGACGGUAUAUAGAGACGACUGGUAUAAGUGCUCUACUUUAUGGCUCAUAUUUACUUAACUCGCAUUCUGGUAGUGUGGACAUUAUUCAUCCAUUUUGUAACAAAAUAUCAUUCCACACAAGAUUCCACUUGAAGGACGUAUACAAAAGGACAGGAACUCAGGUAAUAGCACGACGUAAUUCUGGCU